GGAGGCUCUCAGCCUGAUACAGGUUGGAGCCCUGAGUGAAAUCUUCCAGAAUAAAGAAUUAAACAAAGAGCAGAUAACUGCAGCUCUGGAAAAGGUGCUAGGGAUGUCUGGGGUGCUGCGAGAGGACCUUCUUCAUGGUGCUCUAGAACAAUAUAUUAAUUGUCUAGAAUUGGUAAACAAGAAGCUGCCAUGUGGACUUGCUCAGGUUGGAGUAUGUUUUCAUCCUGUUCCCGACAUUGAGCCUCAGAAUGACAAUAUCACAAGGCGAAAGGACAAUGUCUUCCCUUGUAUGGUUUAGCUCUGCCAGAACUGCAGGACAGUGGCUUGAUUACUGGUUACGCCAGCGGCUUCAGUGGUGGAGAAAGUUUGCGAUAGGCCCAUCCAACUUCAGUAGCAGCGACUUUCAAGAUAAAGAGGGAAGAAAAGGAAAUCAUUUGUACUACAGCUUUCCUUGGGGAAAGGAACCAAUAGAAACGUUGCAGAGUCUAGGAGAUAAAGAACUGUUACAAAUGUAUCCAGGGAAUAAAUCAAAAUUACAUGGCCGGGAUGGAAGGAAGAGUGUUAUUCCUCAUGUGCUGUCUGUGAGUGGCAAUCUGGACCAAGGAGUGCUAGCAUAUCUCUGUGAUUCUCUGCAGCUCACAGAGAGCUCACUAACAAGAAAGAAAACUCUUCAAAGAAAGGUACUGAAGCUUCACCCUUGUUUAACACCGAUAAAAGUUGCUUUGGAUGUGGGAAGAGGCCCAACAAUGGAGCUAAGACAGGUGUGUCAGGGGCUGUUCAAUGAAUUGAUAGAGAAAGGAAUUUCUGUGUGGCCUGGGUAUCUUGAAACCAUGCAGACACCUCUGGAGCAACUCUAUGCAAAGUAUGAUGAGAUGAGUGUCCUCUUCACAAUCUUGAUCAGUGAUGCUACUCUGGAGAAUGGAGUGGUUCAGCUGAGAAGCAGAGACACCACCAUGAAAGAAAUGAUGCAUAUCUCUCGAUUGAAGGACUUUUUAACUAAGUACAUUACAGCAGCUAAAAAUGUAUAAAUUAGAACCUCGCUAAUAAAAGGAAUUUUGUAUCAGUGUUUAAAUUGAUUUCCAAAGUGUCACACUGACUCAGUGGCACAGAUGAAGUACAAGCCAGGAA